GUCAAUUUGCAAAAAUCAUGUAUUUUCAUCAGCAGGAACACACCACAGACUUUAAAGGACAGAAUCUGUAGAGUUCUUCAAGGAAUUAUUCCUCACAGAUCCACAAGGUACCUGGGGCUUCCCUUGGGAAUUGGAAGAUCAAAGAAAGAAGUUUUGAUUAUAUCCUUGAAUCU